AUGGCGGACGCCCACCCCACAGCCCAGAUCCUCGGCACCGACCUCUCACCGACCUGGCACGAUGACGACAUCAUCCGUCCAAACCUAAGCCUCGAAGUAGACGACUGCUGCUCACACUGGACAUAUCUCGACGAAGGCCGCAAUUUAUUUGAUCUGAUACACAUCCGCUGUUUGUAUGGGAGCAUCAAGGACUGGAAAAGACUGUAUCAGCAAGCUUUUGAUCAUCUCAAGCCAGGGAAGGGGUAUAUUGAGCAGGCUGAGUUGUCAUUGGUUCCGCAUUUCAAUUACACAGCGGGUAAACCGACAACGGGAAUAACGACUGGAAUUGAUUAUUUGGAAAGGCAAGAUGGGGGCUUGCCUGAUCCUGACUCGGUCUUUUUAGCCUGGUACAAGUUUUGGAAAGAAUGCAGCGAAAAAACCGGAAAGACAUGGCUGGUUGCGGAUAACAUGGCUGGAUGGAUAUACGAGAUUGGCUUUGAGAAUGUGCGCGAAGUACGGUAUAUGCUGCCUCUUUUUGGAUUUUCGGCAUCAUCACCUUCGUCGUCGUCAGCGGCAACAAGUGAAUAUGCAGAAAAUUUGAAUCCAGUUGUCGGGGGCGGUUACCCGGACUAUUCAGUCUCGCAACUUGGGGAUAUCAAGAAGUGGUUUCAACAGUUCUGGGAGACGGGCAUGGAAGGAUGGGUUCUGGCCAUUAGUACGAGAUAUAUGGGAUGGACAGUAGACGAAGCCAAGGAAUUCGUGGCACAAACGAAGAAAGUACUUGCAGAGCAGAGCAGUAGGGUAUACUAUGAGUUGGUUAUUGUAUAUGGACGGAGACCGCUGACGGAAGGAGAAAAAUGGGUCAACCACGAGAUGCAAACGAAUCACCCCGAACUAACAGGCGGAAUAAUAGCAACCUCCUCGCCUUCCCCAAUCACUCUAUCAACAUACCCCUCUGGCCAUGCGCUUGUCCCCGGUGCUAAUGAGGGUAAAUCAACAUACUCCAGUCCCACGCUGACACUGCAGCUGGCCAAGACCUUCACCCAGAUGCCCGGGUACCGUCCUUCGAUCAGAGGAAACAACUGUGAUAGUGGUAGAGGUGCCGGUAAGGACUCGCUUGGUUUCCCGGUAUAUGCGGAUGCCGAUGCAAAGUAG